AUGUCCAAGCGGGUAUUUAAGCUACACUCCUCGGCAAUAUUCUCGAUCGAUAAGCAGGCUACCUUCGCAGAGGAAGACAAGCUAGAGUUUAUCAGUCUGGCGCUUCAGGCAGAGCGCCAGUUCGACGAUAGCUACGAAGGUGGUGCCGGCGAGGUCCUGUUGAUAUAUAUUUAUAGCUCCUCAGGUCGUCCGUUUAUCCGGGUGUCACAUAGGCACAAGUUCGCAGACGGCUUUUCCCCAGACUAUUUCCCAAAAACCUUCCCUAGUUGCUUUUCUUAUGGCCGCGGCGGACCACAAGUAGCAGACCGGAACGAGGCAGAAGACCCAGUAAAUCCCCUGCUACAAGAUAUAACCCUAGAAUCUUGGGCUAAGGUUAUUCUGCAGCAGCAUAGCGGGCAUUACACCUAA